CCCCGGCCCCCAACCGCACAUCAUCAAAUUCUCCAGAUAGUUUCUCACUGCUUCCAUAUACUUCUGAUCAAAUUGUUUUCCAGUCGUUCAAACGGCAGACCGAUCGUUCGAAAGCCCAACUGUUUGACAAUCAUGGACUCCGCAUUGAUGGAGUAUCGCUACGAAGAGCUGGUGCAAUCAACAGAACAGUUCAACAAGGACGGGUUUAUCGGGAAAACCCAGUUCGGUAAAGUCUACCGGGGAAAACUCGAGUCCCGCAACUCCAGGACGACCUCCAGUCGUAAGGAUGAGGUCACCAUCAAAUUCUGGCGGUGGCCUCAGUUUUUUGCCGAAUUUUGUCACUGGGGAGAGUAUGCAAGCGACAGGUUAAUGAUCAAAAAUGAAAGACUUGUCCACGAAGAGAUUAGGUCCCAUCCAAGUGUGGCAAAAUUGAUCGGAUACUGUGACGAAGAAGGUCGUGAUGUGCUUACUUACGAUCUCAGGCCACUCGACAGCGUUUAUAACCUCAUAACCAAAGAUAAUUUCGGAUGGCUACACCGUGUGAAGGUGAUUAUUCACAUGGCAUUGUUUAUCGAGUACUUGCACGCCCACAAUCCACAAUACUUAAUUCGAAAUAUAGAUGCACGCCACCUCAUGGUCGACGAGGGAUGCAAUCUGAAGGUGUUAGAUUUCCGUAUGUUUCUUGGUGGAACAUUCCAAGAUUUGGUGGAAACUCCAUUUUAUAGGUUUGCAUUCGUUGGAAGUUUCGGAUACAAGGAUUUUCCUACUUUAUAUAGAUCAAAGGAACUCGGGCCGUGGUCAGACAUCUUUGCAUUUGUAAAAGAAACUAUGAUCCUGAAGAAGAAGGGAUUUACCAUGAGUUACAUCUUCAUGUAUGGGCCGAAGAGCAAUAUGAAUGGAGAAUAAAGAGAGUAGGGAGAAACAAGAGGUGUCCGAAAUACUCCAAGGUUUCUCUAGUCCACAAAAGUUUGCUAUCGAGUAAUGGGUUUUCCGGUCGCGAUGGCUUUACUCUCGCAAAACUGGCAAUGCAGUGUGUGGAUAAUUCACUUUAUGAACUAUCCGCUGGACGUCAUGGUUCUGAUCUAGGCAUCGACCAUCUGCUUUGCCUUCGCAAGCAAUGUGCUUAGUGGGCUUCUUAUGUGAAAAUUAAAAUAUAAUUAUUUGAUAUUUAUAGACUAUUAUUUAAUUUUUGAUAGUGCACUUUAAUUUGUACUUUUUGAAAAAAAUUGAUGUCUCUACACGAAUCAAGACAA